AUGUCGGCCAAGAAAAUCGUUGAACUUUGUAAAGAGGCCAAAAAAUCAUUGCAUUGGAUUGUACUAAACAAUUACGAUGAGGAUGAGAUGAGAAGCUACAAAUCUGAAUUAAAAUUAGAAUUGCCUGAAAGUGAUAUCAAAAAGGAAUUUCCUUCAUGGUUCAAAGAAAAGAUUUAUUGUCUCCAAAAAGAUAUGCCUUCGGAUUGUACUGGCGAAUUAAAGGAGUUAGCAUAUGUUCUGUUGUGUGCAUAUUCUUACACUGCGUGCAUUGUAAAUGGUGUCCGAUUUGUCGUGAAUAAUCACGAUCUCCAACGCACUACUCAAAAUAGUGGUGUUGUUACAUUCGGAGAAGACGGGCAAACGGUUCAAUGCGUCGUUACGUAA